AUGCUGGUCAGCAAUCGGAAGGAACAGAGCUUCAUCUUCACCUUCAUCAUCAUCAUCAUCAUCAUCAUCAUAUAUAAUCAUUGCAGGGAGCACCGUUCCAGGGAGCACCAUUCCAGGGAGCACCAUCUUCCGUGCUUGGAUUCUGGCUUGUGUAACUCAGGACUUCUAAAAGCAAGUCUGUCUGGAAGGCUGUGGGGCAAGGCCAUUUUUGCUGGCUACAAGCGAGGUCUCCGAAACCAAAGAGAGCACAUGGCUCUUCUUAAAAUUGAAGGCGUUUAUGCUCGAGAUGAAACUGAGUUCUACUUAGGCAAGAGAUGUGUUUAUGCGUACAAAGCAAAAUACAAUACAGUGAUUCCUGGAAGCAAACCGAACAAAACCAGAGCGAUCUUGGAAAAAGAAACUCAGGCCCACGGAAACAGUGAUAUGGUUCGCGCCAAAUUCCGAAGCUACCUUCCUGCAAAGGCCAGUGGACACAGAAUCCGUGUGGUGCUGUACCCAUCCUGGAUUUAA